AUGUCUGGUGUUUUUGGCGAGGAAUUCAAACAGAAUUGGCCUCUGAUAAGCAUAAAUCUCAAGCUGUCAAAAUUCGGUCAAAAACUAAUUGAAAAAAUACGUUCAAUAGAAAAGGCACAAACAACAAAUAUUGACGUUGCCGAAUUUAUAAAGAAAUCAUACGAUUUUCCCAUAGAUUUUCCUAUUCAAAGCUGUCGCGUUAAGUCACAACUUCAAGAACAUUAUCCAAUUAUAAAGCAACAGCUUGCUUCGGCAUAUCCGGUGAUACAUGAAAAAGUUAUUAUAUUAAUAAUCGAUUUUUUGGAGCAUAAACUUAAAUAUGUUUCCUCAUACAGCGAUUUCAUUAACGAUGGCAAACGAACAAAAACCAAAGGUGAAGGUAUUGUGAUGGGCAUAAUUGGUGCAAGAUUAGAACGCCAAGGUGUAAUGGAGUUCCAAGAUAUAAUUAUAUCCGAAAAUCAAAAUAUUCUAAAAAAUGGUUAUGGUCCGAAAAGUAUAGAAAUUAAAGCACCAAAAAAAUCUCUAUUGAAAAUAUUAAAUUUGCGAAAACGUAAUGCAUUGAAAAAAUUGCAAGAUUAUCGCCGUAUAUGGAAUAAAUUCUAUGAAGAAAAUGAUCAUCUCCACGAAGAUGUUGUAAAAGAAAAUAAUAAUCCACGAUACGGCAAUUCAUUAAAUUCUUUGCUAAAAGUUGACUAUUUAAUUAUGAAGAAACGCUAUGCCAUAGCAAUUGAUAUGUUAUUGUUAGAGUCAGAUAAUCGAGCCAAAUUAGCGGGCAAAUUAGCCUACAUUCACAUGGAGGAUUUUUGGAUUUGCGGAGUGUGGCUUGCUGAGCACCAGGAGAGCAUUUUUGUGGAAACUAUAAGUCAACGUUUAAAAUAUUUAUUGCCAUAUUUGAAUAAUAUUGGGGUCGUUCAUUUGGGCUGUUUCAAUUCGAAUGAAUGGGGAGAUUUGAAAAAUGGAGGUAUCUUCAAAUCGGAUUAUCAUCCUCGUGGUGGCAUCAAAACAAUUAUAUCAAAUCAACCCCCUGAUUAUGACAAUAUGUUGUUGAUAGUUACCUACGCUUGGAAUGCCAAUGCCUUGCCAGGUAAUGAAUUUUGGAUGAGAAAACUUGAAGACUCCAAUGAUGCCUCCACAGCCUGCAGUACUUUAAUAAGUGAGCUCCAUAAUCCCCACAUUAAUACGGAAUUUGUAUGCGGCAAUAAUUUACACGUUGCCUGUGCCGAUUAUGGAAUUUUACAUAUUAAUGAUUAUGUAGAUAAAUGUUUAAGCUCCAAUAUAUAA